AUGACGUGCGUACCAUUCACAUUCACCGUUUACAUCCUGGACUCGUGGCCAUUCGGACUCGUGCUCUGUAAGGUGUCCGAGUGCGCCAAGGAUAUCUCGAUCGGGGUCUCCGUCUUCACUUUAACGGCUCUAUCGGCGGACAGAUUCUUCGCCAUCGUGGAUCCAAUGAGAAAGUUUCACACGACGGGUACUGGAAAACGAGCAACCCGGUUCACUGUGAUCGUAGCCGCGUUGAUUUGGCUAUUGGCCAUCAUGUGCGCCAUCCCCGGUUCCUUCUCCUACAUCAGGGUCUUCAAAGUGAACAGCAGUAUUAGCUUUCGCGCUUGCUAUCCGUAUCCCCCGGAAUUCGGGCCGAAUUACCCAAAAACGAUCUUGGUCUGCCGUUUCUUCAUCUACUACGCGGUGCCGCUCAUCAUCAUCGCGUUCUUCUACAUCCUAAUGGCCAGACACUUGAUGCGCAGCACAAGGAACAUACCCGGUGAGAUGCAAUGUCAGGUGAAACAAGUGAAAGCGCGUAAAAAGGUGGCGAAAAUGGUGAUGGCGUUCGUGAUUGUUUUUGCAGUGUGCUUCUUCCCCCAACACGUGUUUAUGCUGUGGUUUUACAUCCAUCCAACCGCUCAGCAGGAUUACAACGAUUUUUGGCAUUAUUUCCGGAUCCUCGGUUUUUGCCUAGCGUUCACCAAUAGUUGUAUCAAUCCUAUCGCUUUGUACUGCGUGAGCAGUACAUUCAGAAAAUACUUCGACAG